UUCGCUGGAAUAACUCCCCUCAAAGAAGCUGGGAAAGAACCGAACCCCAAGCUUCCUUUUCUUUCCUCCUCCCUGCCAUCACCGUCCCUUUCUCUUCGAUCGUACGGAGGAGCGUCAGUCAUGGCUUCCAAAGACAAGAAGCCAGCGAAUAGCCGUACGGGUGGCAUCCGCACCCUAUCUGAUCUCAACCGUCCAUCUCCUGGCCAUGACUCUGACAGCGACGACUCCGACGGCCCCCAGGAGUACUACACCGGGGGUGAGAAAAGUGGAAUGCUUGUCCAAGAUCCCUCCAAGGGUAACCAGGAUGUGGAUGCAAUAUUCGAUCAAGCUAGGCAGUUGGGAGCCUCAGAAGGACCUCUCGAUCAUCUCCGUCCAUCUUCAAGCUCGAGAAGUUUUACUGGUACUGGGAGACUACUCUCAGGGGAAACUGUACCAUCUUCUCCUCAGCAGCCUGAGGCUGUCAUGCACAAUAUCAUUUUUUGGCGCAAUGGGUUCACUGUGAAUGAUGGUCCAUUGAGGAGGUUGGAUGAUCCCGAGAAUGCAUCCUUCUUGGAGAGCAUCAAGAAGUCUGAGUGUCCAAAAGAGCUCGAGCCAGCUGAUAGGAGGACAGCGGUCCACGUUAAUCUUAUAAGGAGGGACGAAAACUGCCCGGAACCAGAGAGUCGCCAUGUUCCAUUUCAAGGUGUGGGAAGAACUUUAGGUAGUGGGUCUACCACUGCUCCGAUGGUCCCCGAGCCAACUGUUGCUACUACCGCCACCGGUCGUGUGUCGAUCCCAUUUGUAGAUCGUUCACUGCCAUCAACCUCGAUCCAGCUGAGGUUGGGGGACGGCACACGUAUGGUUGCACAUUUCAACUACCACCAUACGGUAGGUGACAUCCGUGCAUAUAUUGAUGCAUCAAGGCCUGGCGGGUCAAGAACAUAUCAGCUACAGACUGUUGGGUUCCCACCUAAGCAACUUACUGACAUCACCCAGACAAUAGAGCAAGCAGGCCUCGCAAAUUCAGUUGUAAUCCAGAAACUCUAGCAAACAUCUUUGAAAAGGGUAAGGUCAUCUCCUUCAAAACUCAGUUGCUUUCAUAGAAUGAAAACGAUCUAGAACAUGGCGAAUGAUGGUAUGUGGAAUUCUUACAAAUCUUGUAUACUUUUUUUCCCCUUCGAAGCCACAGACAUUACAUCUU